GGCGGAACAUAUAGAUCUAAGGGCGCAGCACAGACAUUGGGCGUGGGCACGGUUGCCGGCCGAGUUGUUUCGGGUGGCUGUAGGGUUGCCUCUUGGGCUGCAUUCCACUGAGUUAAGAGUCCAAUUAAAAGCCCAUUAUCAGCGAACGCGGACAUCGUAGGCGAGUACCAAGACAAUGUUGCUCCAAAAGCUGUUUGAUCACAUCAGUGCUGAUGACGUGGAAGCAGCCAAGGAGCAGCUCUCCAGUGGUUCAGUUAAGGUCAAUGACUGCGAUGAUCACGGCAUGACAGCCCUGCAGCACGCCAGCUACAAAGGACGGCACAAGAUCUGCCAGAUGCUGUUGGAUCAGGGUGCGGACGUGGACUGGGACGGCCACGAGCACGGCUACACGGCGCUCCACUUCGCCGCCCUCUCCGGCAGCGAGCUGACCGUUCGCGCGCUGCUGGCGGCCGGCGCGCGCACCGACCGCACCAACUCGGUCAAGCGCACUCCCGCCCAGAUGGCUGCGUUUGUCGGCAACCACCGGGUGGUGGCCCUGAUCAACAACUACGUGCCCCGCUCGCUGGUGGACUACUACACGGCUCCGCGGGGUCUGGAGACGGAGCCCAAACUGCCGCCGGCCCUGGCCGCGCCCACACACCACCUCCUGAUGCAGGUGAACCUACACCCCGUGCACAUCCUCUCCGUGCUGCGCCAGUCGGCCGCCAUGUUCGCCGGCCUGCCGCGCGUGGCGCGCGUACUGGAUCUGAUCUGCGAGCGCGAGGUGCGACUCCCGGGCGGCGGCAACGAGGUGCUGGCCGUGAAGGCGCAUUACCUGGCGUGCGUGCUGCGCUCGCUGGAGGAGACGCGGCAGGCCGAGCUGGCCAAGCAGCCGGACGGCGGCGGCGACGCGGCGCAGCUCGCCGCACGCGUCGGCGAACUGCACGCGCGCGCCUGGCUGCGCUGCAACGCCAACAUGGUGGAGGAGUACCAGGAAAACUACGUGCGCGAGUGCAUCAAGAGCUUCCCGUGCCGCGAGACGCCGCUCUUCCAGCAGCUGGUGGCGAACCUGGCGCGCGCGCCGCCGGCCGCCGCCGAGACGACGGCGCUGGGCCUGCUAAGCGCCGCGCUUAACGGCCAGCGCGCCUUCCAGGACGAGAAGCAGUGCUGGGCGUGCGGCGAGGAGGGCGCCGCCAAGCGAUGCGCCGCCUGCCGCGCCGUCCAGUACUGCGACCGCGCCUGCCAGCGCGCCCACUGGUUCACGCACAAGCGGUUCUGCGCGGCACUUCGCGAGCGUGUGGCCGAGCAGGAGCGGAAGGCGCGCGAGGCGGGCGAGGCGCUCGCUGUGACGUCAGAGGGCGGUGAGAAGACCGCUGCGACGUCACAGGGUGGCGAGAAGACCGCUGUGACGUCAGAGGGCGGUGAGAAGACCGCUGUGCCGGCGGAGGGGGGCGAGACGUCCGCUGUUCCGAAAGGCGCGGGGGAGAGGCCGGAUGCGGCGGCAGGAGCAGGGGAGGAGUCUGAGGGCGCGGCCACGGAGUCGAAAGAGGCUGGUCAAGGGAGCGGUGCUGCUGGAGGAGCCAGCUAACUCAGUCAGUCUCCGGCCGCUGCUCGCCGUCCCGCCGUUCAUUGUCAUCGAUGUUUUGAAAUGUUUACACGCGUAAGUGUCAGUCAUGACUCCACCAGCUGGUGUUGGCUGGCCGGUGGAGUGGGCCGAAGUAGCACCACGUUGCCGUCAAGUCUGGAGCACGUGGUCCGAUGGCCCCUGCCUGCUGCGCUCUCUGCUGCACCGUCAAUGGACACGCGUGCAAGGCAACGUGCGUGUGCCGGGAUCCGAAGAAUAGACCCGCGCUGUAGUACUAGGUCCUGUGGACAGUCAACACGUCUCUCCACGGUUAGACGCAAGCUCCAAGACGCUUCUGAAACCCGGGAUCCCGUACGGAACGGGAUCCGUGACUUGGGGAUCCGGUACCCACGAGUGCUUAGCAGUUUGCGGCAUCUUCCAGGUUGUACGUGCCAUUUUCUGAGCUUCGCGUGAGGUCAGGAUCCACUGUUGUUCGGCCAUUGUUCGGAUCCACCAGCCAUUGUUCGGAUCCACUCUGUGUAUCUGUCUUUAAAACACUGUCACCACGUCACCCGUUCUGUGCACUGACUCAUCAGAGUCCCGCAGCCGUGUCUUGGUCGGGCGAGACCCGAGCGUGUCGGGACCGGGCCGGCCCGCGCGCACUGUCCGUCACGUCCGCUGCUCUGGCUCGCUCGGCGGCCACGUCUCGGUCCGCUCGUGCAAUACACGCCUCUC